ACUUGACAUUAAAUUACGUUUUUCUUUUGUACUAUCACCUUCUAUGCCUAUAAGUAUUUUCAAAUGGACUCUCGUUUUCAGACACCGAGAUAAACAUUGUCUGCUUUCAAUAACUUGUCCCUUUAAACUUUAUUCUCCGCGUAUCGUUCUAGCUUUGGCCAUGGAUUCUUAUUCACAGUAAGUAUUAAGAUUACUUUCUUCUAUCUUUUGCUUAAUUUUUGAACAACUUCAUGUUAUGUGGACACUGACUAAAGUCCUUGUCCUGGUUGCAGAAACUGUACUGAGACUGGGAAACUUGUGUUAAGCUCCGGUCUCUUAAACACCUCAUGGAGUAAGAUCUCCGAGAUGCACGAGUCAAGCCAUCAGCCUAAAGAUUCAGCUCUAGAAUUCAAUGUCUACCGUGAAACCACAUUCGUCUUUGUGGUUUUCUCUGCACCACCGGUUUGCGGAGAUGCCUCUUUAAACUCUGGUUCUACUCUUGUUUCUGAUGUUACGUCACAAGAUGCUAAUCUGUUUAGCUUCCUCUGCUCCGAGAAGACUCCUUCCUUCUCUCUUCAUACACAUGCUCUCCAGCUUUUUGCCUCUGCUGUGACUGAGAAUAACCGUCUCACUGACCUCAAAACAAAGUUGCUAGAGUCUACCAAACCGGUGAUCAUUACCGGAACUGCGUUAGGAGGCUCACUAGCAUCUCUGUUCACGCUAUGGCUUCUAGAAUCCAUCAAGCCAAACCUAAAACGUCCCUUGUGCAUCACGUUUGGCUCACCUUUUAUCGGAGACGCUAAUCUCCAACAGAUUCUCGAGAACUCCUUGAGGAACUCAUGUUUCCUUCACGUGGCUGACGCUACACAAACUCCCAUCAUAACAAAAGGUUUCGAGCCUUUUGGGACGUACUUGAUCUGUAACGAAUCUGCAUGUGUUUGCAUCGAUGACCCUAAGGCAGUCACAGAGUUGCUACUAGGUGGCAAUACGGAUCCAGCAGGCGGGAGAGACUACGGAGAAGUUCUAAAGAGUCUUGAUAGAUCUUCAACGGCGGACGCAAGACUGAUGAUUGGUGAUGUUAUCAUCAAUGGUAUGAAGAAACGUGCUGAAGAGAAGAAGCAGCGUUUCGACCAGCUUAAGAAACUAGACAAUAUAAAGAUAUCAAUGGCUCAUAUAGAGUGGUACAAGAAGUUAAGCAAGAAGGGUCACAAGACCGUUUACUACGACCAUUUCAAGACCCAGAUAGUUUUUCCUUACGAGACUCUCAGGACAGAGAUGAAUGAUUACUGGGAAUCAAUGGUUCAAGAAGUGGAGAAGAUGCCUCAAAGUGAAAAGUCGAAUCUCAAGACACGUUGUCUAUACUCCGGGAACAACUAUAGACGGUUAAUGGAACCGUUAUACAUUGCUAAGUAUUACCUCGAGGGUAAAAAGGAGUAUCGAACCAGGGGAAGGCCUCACCACUAUGUUAUGCUUGAGAAAUGGUUCAAGCAGGCGCAGUUGAAAGAACCGCUUAGAGGCAAUGGGACGGAUUUGAGUGAGCUAUUAACGUUUGAUUCUUGCUUUUGGUCUGAAGUUGAGGAAGCUUUAAUCGCAAUCAAUGAGUUGAAAACACAACCAGCCGAGGGAUUGGUCGGAAAACUCAUGAAGUUUGAGGAGUACGUGUGGGAGACGAUUAGAAAACGUGAGGUUUCGCCGGAGAUUUUCUUGGAGAGAAGCAGUUUCAUGACGUGGUGGAAAGAGUACAAAGAGAUUAAAGGAACAAGAGAUGGGUUUAGUUCUUCACCUGAGUUCACCGAGUUUAUGAACUCUGGGAAGUAUAAGAGUUAUGGUAAGCCUGAGUCGGACUUGGCAGCCUAAAGCCUCUAACCCGAGUGAAGGACCAGUGGCCCAUGUUUUUAUCCGUUGUAUCAGUCAUACAAAUCGUUAAUAAUAUUUAAAAUUGCAACUACCCACAUUCAUA